GAUUGGCUGCGUUACUACGCAUGUACGGGAAUACAACACCUUGUUGUCCUCGCACCAUGGAUCUUACGUAAAUUAGUUUUUCUCUUCUUAUUUAGCCACUAAACAAACCAUUAUAUUAUCUUUACGUGUAAACUCUAUUUUAUAAUACAACAAAUAAAAAUGAGGAGAUCACCGUUAAAUGAUCCACGUGGCAAUCAAACGUACAACAUGAUGAGGCACACACCGUACAGUUGGAAUUCGCAUAACAAAGCAAACAAAGGUUAUCAUUCUGUUGAGGAUGAUAGAAACCAACGUUGUUCCGUGAAUAAUGAACAACCUUCCGAAGAUAAUUUUAUUCCUUUGAACGUUAGUUCUCCAGUGGUACAUUACAAGAAGCAAAGUACAAAUCAAUAUACUUCACAGAGCAAUUACAACAGUCCAAAUAGUGGAUGGUCUAGUUAUAGAAAUAACUAUCACGUUGCUCAUGGAAAGUGUAAUAAUCGAUAUCCUGCCAAUAAGCAUUUUGGCAAGCAAUUUUAUGGAAAUUAUCAAAAAAGAAAAGGUUUUAAAGGAACAGAUAAUAGACAAAGAGAUAUAUCAGCAUAUAUACAUCCUUCUUUUUUUGAAGAUCCUUGGGAAAAUCUAGUCAAAAAUAGAAGACAAGAUGAAACAAUGAAAGAUGAAUCUCUGUCUGAUUCUGUAGUGGCUAAUCUUUCUGAUUCUACAGAAAAGUCCGAAAGCCAACUUUCAGCAUCUACAAGUUUGGGUGAUUCGCAAUGCAAUCAAAAGUGUGAAAGUAAAUCUGUAGAUACAAGUUUUGAGUUAGAGAAUGCAAAUGUCAGUCAAACAUUAAAAAUUGAUAGUUCAUCAGAACUUGAGAUAAGUGAUGUUUGUGAUGAUAAAUGAUAUUAACGGUACAAUUUGUGAAGUCGCAGUACAAAAGAAUUAAUAUUCACUUAAGUACAUUGCUGACAGGUGUUAAUAUUGUAUCAAAAAAUUUGAUAUAAAAAACUUACGUGUAUAAGAUUUUAAAGAGAGAACAAAUUCACAAUGAGAAAUGCAAGAUAUAAUACACACAAAAAACGAUAAAAAAAAUUUAUAUGUAUAUAUUCAGAAUUGCUACAUGUAAACUGUAUACAAAUUAAUCAUUUUUAUAUCUGUAUAUAUUAUACACAACAGCGCAGUAUCAAUUUUAUAUACUCUAAGUUUAUCUUUUUUUUUUUUUUUUUUUGAAGAUAUGAUUACUUUUAUACUCUUAAAGCUAGUAAUCUUUAAUUAAUUAAUCUGUAAUUACACUUCAUACAAAAAAUUAUAAAGUUCCAGACAUCAACACUGCAUAUUUCUUGCAUAUUAUAUUUUCACAAUUAUGGCUGUGAAAACAAUGUGUAGGAGUUAUCAGUUAUAUGUGCAAUUUUAUAAUAUAUGUCAUUAAUCAUGUAAGAAGCAAGUAAACGGUAGAAAUACUAGCUAAGUAGACUGUUAUUUGUAGAUGUUUUUAAGCGAACUCUGAAAGCAUAUGUGUAUAAAAAUUUGUUUUAUAUCAAUGAUUCACUUUUCUUUCUUCAAAAAUUGAGAUAAAAUCCCAAAUAAACCAAAAGUCAAUUCCAGCAGAAUUGACUUUAUGUAAGUAUAUUUUUCAAAGGUAAUAUUUUGUAUGAACUAGAUUAAACAUUAGGAGACUAAAUUCAUUCAUACGAAGUAAGAUAAACGUUGUUAUAUAUCGAAAGAAAAGUGUUUCUACACAUAUAGUAAUAAGACUUCUUUUUAAGCUAGAAAUUAAUGAAAUUGUAUAAAAUUGUAUAUUAUACAAUUAUGUAAAAACGUUUAUAAACUAUGUAUUAUGUGUAUAGAAUAGGAUAUUGCUAAGAAAACUAGAGAGAAAAAGGAGAGAGACGCGAACAUAUUCUCCUCUAUUCAAUAUGUAUAAUUUCAAAUAAUAAAAUUUUCACUCACUGA